AUGUGGUCGUGGUCUCCGACUAUCGCUUUUCUCUGGCUUGUAGAGUUGCUACGCCCCUCUUGGCACACAAGUGGUCGCAUCUUGAAAACCGUCGUCGCGAUCAGAAAUGGAACUCUGGUUGGUGUACACAAUGCCCUGUACUAUCAGGACUUCUUCCUCGGAAUUCCAUAUGCUCAGCCUCCAGUCGAUGAUUUACGAUACGAGCACCCACAGCCGCUGAACGAGUCGUGGGAAGUCCCGAGGCAGGCCGAUUCUUACGGGUUUUGGUGCCACUCCGCGCCUCUCUCGCUCCCAGGCUACACACAGGAUGGGUUUCACCACGAAGAAGAUGAAGACUGCUUGACUCUGAAUAUUGUCCGCCCAUCUGGAGCGACCCCUUCCUCUCGCCUUCCUGUCCUGGUGUACAUCUAUGGUGGUGGAUUGCAGGAAGGGGGUAGCGCCGACCAGCGGUACAAUAUGUCCUUCCUCGUACGGGAGUCCGUGAAAAUGGACACUCCCACGAUCGGAGUUAGUUUCAAUUAUCGAGUCUCUGGAUUUGGAUUUCUGUCCGGUCGCGCGUUCAACGAUUCGGGCCUCGCAAAUCUUGGCCUAUACGACCAACGGAUGGCACUACGCUGGAUCCAAGAGAAUAUUGCCGCAUUCGGCGGAGACCCUACGCGUGUUACAAUCCAAGGAGAGUCCAGCGGAGCUUUAUCCGUUGGAUACCACCUUCUGGCAUAUGAUGGUCGUGAUGAUGGACUUUUCCGCGCUGCUAUCACUCAGAGUGGCGCUCCGCUUAGUUCAGCAGCGCUCAUCCCGGUGGACGACCAGGAGCGGAUGUAUCAAGAUGUCCUCAACGCUACCGGGUGUGCUGCUGCAACAGAAAGCAUUAAGUGCCUACGGGCAGCACCGGUGGAAGCGCUCAAGGCUGCGUUCCAGCAAAAGUUCUUUUUUCCCGUCAUGGACGGGAAAUUCAUUGCCGACUUUCCCUCCAAUGCGCUCAAACAAGGAAAGUUUGUGAAAGUGCCAUUGCUCAUUGGGUCAAAUCUGAACGAAGGGACUGGAUAUAUCGCUUCGGGGAUGUUCGGUGCUGUGAACACGCCGACAGAGCUCAGAAGUGUGAUCACUGGGUUCGGGGCCGGGGAACACCUUCCCAAUGACACCCUGGACGAGAUAGUGAAUGGCUAUCUUCAGUUACCUAUCCGAGAAGUCCGAGCCGACCUGGGGACAGUUCUCAUUUCCCCUAGUUCGAAGCAUGGCUCAAUGUAUGGUUAUAGCACAUUCUAUAUUGGGGACUACCUUGUUAACGCCCCCAAGCGUUAUAGUGCUCAAAUGUGGGCAGAAUAUGGGGCGCCUGUCUAUAGCUAUCUCUUCGCUGUUGUUCCUAAUGGUCUGUCACCUCAGAUCCUCGGUGCUGCUCACUUCCAGGAGGUUGCAUUCGCUUUCAAGAACUUUGACGGCGUCGGGUUUACGGCCCCUCCUCUCCGUUCAUUCGACAGUCAAACUGAGAGUCAGCUACGAGACGUCAGCCGCAGGAUGGCUCGUAUGUGGUUAAGCUUCGUAGGCACAUUAUCGCCGAAUAACCACCAGUGUAGGUUGCUUUCCUACUUUUUCCGUUCCAGUUGCUCGCCAUACGUAGUGCCAGAUUUAAACAUACAAUGGCCGGUAUAUCAGAGACGUUCACCAGCAAAUCUGGUAUUGCGUCUUGAGAGCACAACGGUGGAGUCAGAUACCUGGCGGUCGGGGAUCAUCCAACGUAUCAUCGACGCUUUUGACGAGUAUAAGCUCUAG